AUGCUAAAAUAUGAUGAAAUAGCUGGCCAUGGGGAUGAGGUUCUCAGGUAUAUUUUCAAUUUUGAUUCUAUGACUUUUAAACCGCUGAGUAUAAAUUAUGAAUUUGAUGAAAUUAAUCGACUUUGUGACUCUAUUAUUGAUAAAAUAAAUAAAAGAAUAUCGACACCGAAUAGCAACAUUAUCUUGGCUGGAGCUUCUUCCGAGCACUCAAGUGAAAGUGCUACUAUGAAGCUGCUUGGUGUAAGUGCUUUAUUGAUCUUACUCCCCCCCAUCCUUGAUCGAACGAUUGACUGUAAAAAUUCCUAAAAAUUGGAGAAAUUAACCCCCAUCAUUGAUCGAACGAUUUUCAUAUCAUGCAAAUUUUUAUAUAUAAAAAGUAUAUUAUUUAUCAAAAGCUUGGGAAGAUGUACAUAAUGAAGUUAUUUUCAGAGCUUUGAGAUGACAGAAAGCUGCGGAAUCAACCAUCCGAAGUGAUUUAAUCAUCAACCUAGGCUUAAAAACUCAAUAAUCUAAUAAAAUAGAGAUUCUUUAAAAUUUUUAAAAAAAAAAUUAAUUUAAUAUGAACAAAUUAAAAUUUAUACAGUUUAAAAGGGUAACUAAUAAAUCAAAAAUUAAAAAAUUGGUAUUUUAUGAAAUUAAUUCAAUUUUUAGCUGUAAAAAUAAUUAUUAAAUACUCUUAACCCUCUUAUUUAAAAGUAAAUAAAAAAAAAAUAUAUAUAUAUAUAUUUUUUAUUUUAUAUAUAAAAUUGUUUUCCCAAAAAAUUUUUUUUAACCCCCAUACUUGAUCGAACGAUGACGAGUCGUUCGAUCAAGGAUGGGGGGGGAGUUAGUUUUUUUUAUUUUUGUUAUUUUAGACGCUUAUUAUCUGGAUGACAAAGUCCUGACUGAAAUUGGAAUUCUUUUGAUUUCAGUAUGCCUCUUGAUUCAUCUUGUUAUCUUAUUGUUUGAUGGGAAGUUCUCCCAUACAGAUAAAAAAAGAGUUGUAGAUGAAAAGCUUAUUCUGAAGUCUAUCAAAACAUGAUGUGCGGAAAUUAUUUCUAGUCAAAAUAAAUCUCUAAUCCCCCUUCCUGAGCGAACAAAACCAUUGGGAAAUCCCUAUUUUUCGCAAGCGAAAAAAAAUUUGAUAGUUAUUAUAUGAAAUCUCUAGCUAAUUCUGUUUAAUUUUAGACAGCUUGUAUCUUAAAACAUAAAUUUUACAAAUUAAACUAAUAUUGGUUUCCAAUUAUUUCGAAUUGGGAUUUUUUUUGAAUUUCGAAAAGAAAAUUUACUAUAAAAUUUAUAUAUAAAUUUUUUAAAAAAAAGAAUUAACUCCCUUCUUGAGCGAACAAAAAAGUUUUGUUUACUCACGUAUGGGAAGUAAGAGGAAACGGUUUUUGCCUUGUAUUGAGUGAGGACGGAAAUAAAAUUUUUGUUUUGAGAUCGUGCAACGAAAAGCGUGAUACAAACUUAGAGGAGUCACUAGAUAUUUCAGGUUAA